AUGCAGAGGAACAGACCUCCAACACCCACGGUAUCAGAUCACGAAUAUAUGAAUAUGCCUAGCACUUCAUCUGGAGUUUCAAGGCCUCGGACAGAUAACACAUCGGGCCAACCUCAUUCGAUUUACAGAUCGACUGACUCAGAUAGACAAACCAAUCAAGAUGGGCAAAGAGAAAGCCUCUUCCAUGGAUCUCGAAUGUACACGCCGCGUCCUAUAUUCGGCGUGAUUGUGCCGUUAGGGCCUCCGGAUUCGCCCCCUAUGCGCAAUUUACAUGAUCACCCAAUUCCCGUUCAUAUGCAUUCGAUGGACAGACCAGGCUCUCCGGUAAGACCAGUAUCUGAUUAUCCCCCAAUUAGUGCCCUUGAGAGAGAUACUUCCCCUCCUCCUCUUAGAGUUAAUUAUGGUCCAUCUACGAGUAGCAACCCAAACACGUCUCCUGUUAGAGUUGAUUUUAUUCCAACUGACCCAUCUGACAGCCAAAAUCCAGGUCUUCCAACUCCUGUUUGUGUUCGAAUUACUCGACCUCAUAGCCAAUCUGCCCAUCAGGGGCCUGUUAUAAGACUACGAGCUGGCACCAUGCCCGACUACGUGACAGUAUUUCCUCCACCUCCUCCCCCUCCUCCCCCUCCUCCACCUACGAUCAACGAUCCCGUCUCCGUUAGUGAAACAUCGUUACCAACACCUGUCCACCAAGGCCUGGAAGUUGGAUCACCAUCUGAUCAUCCGGGGUUGAGCUCUGGCACAAUGCGUCUUAGUCGUCGGACUAACAGGCGUCGGCCUAUUAGAAGUUAUUUAACAAGACUCGCCAACCUUGCAGCUGAAUCAUCAUCUGAGCAUCCGGGGUUGAGCUCCGGCCCAAUGCGUCUUAGUCCGACGCCUGUUAGAGGUUAUUUAACAAGACUCGCCAACCAAGACCUUGCAGCUGGAUCAUCAUCUGAGCAUCCGGGGUUGAGCUCCGGCUCAAUGCGUCUUAGUCCGACGGCUGUUAGAGGUUAUUUAACAAGACUCGCCAACCAAGACCUUGCAGCUGGAUCAUCAUCUGCUCAUCCAGGGUUUAGUUCUGGCGCAGAGCCCCCUAAUCCGACGCCUGUCAGGGGUUCAUCGACAAUUUACGUACCGGAUGGAGAAAUGUCAGCACAUGUAAACCUUUCAUCUGAAGACCUUGUAAUCAUCAGUUCUGGCGCAGAGCCCCCUAAUCCGACGCCUGUCAGGGGUUCAUCGACAAUUUACGUACCGGAUGGAGAAAUGUCAGCACAUGUAAACCUUUCAUCUGAAGACCUUGUAAUCAUCAGUUCUGGCGCAGAGCCCCCUAAUCCGACGCCUGUCAGGGGUUCAUCGACAAUUUACGUACCGGAUGGAGAAAUGUCAGCACAUGUAAACCUUUCAUCUGAAGACCUUGUAAUCAUCAGUUCUGGCGCAGAGCCCCCUAAUCCGACGCCUGUCAGGGGUUCAUCGACAAUUUACGUACCGGAUGGAGAAAUGUCAGCACAUGUAAACCUUUCAUCUGAAGACCCUGUAAUCAUCAUUAAUGACGAUGAUGUCGUUGAACUCAGUGAUUGA